AUGGAAGAACAAACAGGUAUAAAUAAUCAAUUAUCAAAAACUUCUACAAACUUAGAUCAAGAAUCUUUACUUGCACUUGUUGCGGUUCGUCCUCCAACACCAGAUAAAUGUGCUGUAUGUUUAAAUAAUAAACAAGUUGAUAUUAUUGCUCGAAUCGAUUCAUGUUCACAUACAUUUUGUUUUUCUUGUAUACUUGAAUGGUCAAAAGUACGUGCUAUUUGUCCAUUAUGUAAACAACCAUUUAAUUUAAUAACACGCGAACAUUAUUCUGGUGAUCUUAUUGAAGAAGUUCGUAUACAAGCACCACGACGAUCAUCAUCAACAACAUUUACAAAUAUUAAUGAUGUUCUUAAUUGGGUUGAUCGACAUCAUUCAAGAUCAAAUCAUUCUAAUAAUGAUAGACCUCAAGAUGUAUUUCGCCAAAUGGUUUAUAUUGAAUGGUUAAAUACAAUACAAUCGAUUGUUCGUCGACCAAAUAAUACUUCAAGAAAUUCUUUUGUUUCACCAUUUGUUCGUGAAACACAUACAACAACAUCAUCUUGGUCAAAUAUAAUACCACUUGAUUCAAUACGUCGUCUUCUUCAUCGUUAUUUACGUCAAACAACAUCGGAUUUACGACAAUCAACAAUUUAUUCUCAAUCAACACGUCAGACAGUUGCAUUUCGAAAAUAUAUUUAUUUAAAUCAUUUACUUGUACGUAGUCCAUUAAUUGGACAUAAUCAUGAUACAUUAACUGUACGUGAAUGUUCACCAACAUGGUAUGCAUCAAAUCCAGCUUGUCUUCAUCGUUUGGUACCAUUUUUAGCAAGAGAAUUAUUAGCUUUAUUAUGGAAUGAUGAAACAACUAUUGAACAUAUUAUACAAGAAAUUUUAACAACUAUACAAUUACAUAAUAUACGUUCAAGUUUUUUAACAAGAAAAUUAAAUGAAUAUCUUCGACGCUAUACAAGACAUUUUAUACAUGAAUUUUAUACAUUUGCUCGUUGUCCAUAUGACUUAGCCGGUUUUGAUCGUCAUGCUCAAUAUCCAAGAAUGAAUACAACGCCAAAUAUACCAUUACCUAUGCAGAUUUCAAUAGAUGAUGAUGAUGAUAAUAAUAAUAAUGAUAAUAAUGGAAAUGAACAAACACCAAUUAUACUUGAUGAAACUCCAGAUGUAUCAAUUAAUAUUACAGAUAUUGCAUUGUCGUCAUCGUCGUCUUCAUCAUCAUCAUCAUCCUCAGCAUCAUCAGCAUCUUCAUUAUCAUCAUCAUCUCCUUCUUCAUCACCAUCACCAAUAGAAAUUGAGCAUCGAUCAUCAUCACCUGAAUGUGAAAUUGUUGAAUAUGU